CAGAAUACAGAUGUGUACUGUGGUAAAAUUCACGUUAAUUGUGUGAUUGUUAUAUAUUUCAAUUUUCACGUUAACAUAAAUUAAAUUAAACAAAGCGAAAGGAAAACAACUUACGAAGGAAAAAAAAUCGAAAUAUAUAAUUUUUCCAUAUAAUGGUAAACGACAGCUGACGUUAUAAUGCAGGGGCUUUUUAUUUGAUUAUUGUGUUAUAGGACAUUAACUACCCAAAUUUACUUGUGGUGCAAGUGAUGAUUUCUUUUCGAACCUCGACAUAAUUUCGUAACUAUCUAAAUGGUCACACUUUAAAAAGCGACAAAAUGUAUAGUAACGGUACUGAUUUUCCACCCGUAAAGGAAGAUACAUUUUGCAAAUAUGUAUUGUAUUACGAGAUAAACAACUCAAGGGUACGCAUUUGGGAUUUAAUCAUAUUGAUACCAAAUGCUUUAUUUGUGCUUUUCUUAGUUGUCAGAUUUAACAAAGCUCAGUUAAAACUUCGUGCCACGAGUAGUCCCAUAUUUCUUACAUUUUACACUCUUGUAUGGGGAAAUGUCAUAAUCAGUCUUAUAAGAUGUGCAGUUUCCAUGACUGUAAAUGCAUCAGUACCUCUUGGAGGUCUGAUUGAUAAAAUUUUAUGGGUUACCGUAAGAUUCUUCCUGCUUGCAACUGAAAUGAGUGUCGUGAUUUUUGGACUUGCCUUUGGCCACAUGGAUAGUCGCAGUAGCAUUCGAUAUGUUCUGUUGGCUACAUCUUUAAUUUCCCUUGCCUUUACUGUCACCCAGGGCACACUAGAAAUAGUGAUGCCAGAUGACAUGUUCCAUAUAGAUACAAGGGAUUAUAAUCUAUUUGGACAUGGUGGGAUGCUCUUUUGGUUUACAUCAUCAUUGGUCUUUGGGAUUAUUUACUUCAUUAUUUUACUUCUACCAUGGACACCUUUGCGGGAAUAUUUAGCUUUGCCAACAAAACUAUCAUUUUAUUUUUAUAUACUGCUACUGACCCUACUUGAUAUGACCCAAUCGGUGGGUACCGGUUUACUUAUGUGGGGAUCUAUGCAAUCAGGUCUCUGUGUUGUUGAUGUUACCACCUGGCUUUACUUCUCACUGUAUACGCCACUGGUUUAUCAUACAUUCUUAAGUGAAUUUUUCAGUGUCGCUCAACCAAGCAUAAUGUUCUCGUACAAGGCUCAGAUGGAUGAGCCAAUGGACGAUGACCAAGUCUCUUUACCACAUCAACAAAGCUUCAGCUCACUUAAAACGGAUUCAGACUACAUCUAUCAAAGUAACAGUGUGUAUGAUAGUACACUAUUUGAAGCGGGCGGGACGACCCCAAUGAACCCCGUUUAUAGUGCAUCCUUACAAAGUCCAGACUCUAUUGCAUCUGGCCAAUCGAUAGACUUGCAAGCCGGCUUUCCGAACAAAAAUAUGCUCUCUACAUAACAAUAAAGAUAAUUCAAUUGUGUAAUUACCAGAUGUGUCCAAGAGCCAACUCAUGCGGCGGCUUGCAUGAGAAAAUUAUAUAUUUUAAACUGUCUUGGGGACGCCCUUGUUUGUGUCGACGGUAGUAGAAACUGUUUAUUCAGAAUGUAGGGUCUACAAUUUAUCCCGGUUUAAAAAGAAAUCUCGAAGAGAGAUUUCAGUAUUACAAUUCUCGGGUGCAGUUUGAAUAUGGUUUUUUUUAAAUCACUUAAAUGGUUCACCUUUUGUUUAUAUAACAUAGACGAAAGAAUGACGAGAAAAUGAGAUUGUUUUUAUGCAAAAAGAGUUAAAAUUUACAGGAAUUGUAUUCUGUUUUGGGUGAAACUUUGAAUAACAGUCAAAUCGUGUUACUUGCAAGGUAAAAUAUUAAAUUGUAGGCCUUAAGCUAAAAGUCAACCUUUUUUAAACAGUAUGGAUAAGUGUAAACUAAGCCAGUAUUUGAAUAUAUAAUCCCUGAAGCAUCCAAAGGUUAGAAUUAGAAUUAUUUUCUAUAUGAAAUGAUAUGUAUUAUGAAUCUCGAGAACUAUGUGUCUUAGACUUACACACCAUCUCCGCUAUAAGCUAAGUAAUGGAUCCAUCCACACAAUUUUCACGUUAGAAUAAGGUUAUUGUAAUUAUUAUUAUUAUAGCUAAUUUCCAAUGCUAGUAUCUAGAUGUUUCUACGAUUCUUCUGUUAUUGAAAGGAUGGCAAUACUAAAGAAAUGGAUCCAACAAAUGUCGGAUUAAGUAUAUAAGCCUUAUAAUCUGUGUCAUAAAGAUCCAAUUCCUGUACUCUCAAUGAUGUCUCACACGGGCCAGUCCUCGCAAGACAAGCAAUAAGUGUUAGAAAUUAGCUAGAAUGCAAUACAAAAUACAAUAAUUAGUCAAGUUUUAUAAAUAAGAAGAAAAAAAAGGUUUCGAAUAUAUAAAUUUAAGUACUUUAUCGUAAAUAUUCACAUUUAAAAUUAUUUUCGGUAUUUAAAUUUGCUGGUUUCUUAUUUAUAAGUUAUUUGGGGUAAAACAGUAUUUAUUAUAUGUAUUUGUGAGAUUGUUUUCCUAUUACAAAUAUGUUGGAAAUAGUUACAAGAAUUUGUAAAUCCAAUUUAAAUACUUUAAGGCGGAAAUAGAUUAUUAAAACGCAACGCAUAUUGUCGUGACGACGCUCAAUUCGCCACGUGCACUUUAACCAACACGCGAUGGCAUUAUUGAUUGAAUAAGUUGUAACAUAAGGAUUUUUAAGAUACAAAAUGUCGGUAAAAGAAUGAAAAACAUAUUAAGUUGACGUCAGGAGUAUAAAAGAGAAAAUUUGAAUGUACUUUCGGGGAUUUAAAACAUAAUUUGUUGAACAAGAAGUUCCGCUUUUGUUUUUUAUGAAUUUUAUAUUUGCGUUUAAGUGCCUAUUAAAACCAUUAUUUUUUCUUUAUCCUACCAAUGUAUAAAUGCGCCAAGCAUUAGCGUCGGAGUUUUCUAGAUUAGUGAGCACGUCGAUGUCUGGAUCGGGUAAGGUUUGGGCGAAUGACGUCGGAUGAUCAUGUUGUGAUUCAGAGCUAAACCGAUCCCAACGUUUUUGUAUACAAGUUCGAUGUAGUUCACUUCUCAAUAUGCGAAGCGCACGCGCAACCUUGGGAAUCUGUGGGAAGUUAUAUAGUAAGGGCUCAUACAGAAAGCAAUACGAUCCGACCCAAAACGCAUCGCGUUUCAUCGGGUGACGUCACGCUUUAAGUGUAUUUCCGCCAUUCUACUUGUAUAAAUAUGAUUUUCUAAUUGUUUUACUGUGAUGAUUUACCUACUUAUUUUUGUUGUUUAUUGAUUAUUUUAUGUCUGUAUACAGCAAAGCUGUCGUAUUUAGGUUGUUCAUAAAUUAGUCAUUUUUAGUGAUAUCACAGUAUGGUUAUUUUUGUGCACUUCUAUAUAUUAUUUUUAGUAAAGUAAAUUUAUUGGGUGUUCUUUAUGUGUGAUUUUACGAAUGUUGAUUAUUUUAACACUAUAUUUGUUUAGGCAUUGAAAGCAAUAAGAUCUGUAUGAGUUUGUUAUACAAGCAACUCACUUAACUGGUUUGUACCCACCAAUUUUGGUAGCUUACAUAUGAUUUAUUUUGGUUCACUUUUGGUUUUUGUACACCAUGUAUUUGUUAGAUCGCGACGAAUUUUAUGUAAUUGAUGAUACGGAAUUUGUCAGAUGUAGCUAGUCUUAGGUUUUAUAUAUUAAGAGAUUAGACACGCUAAAAUGAUGAUUUUUGAAGCAUUAGUUUUAUAGUGACUAAAGCUAAUUGGUACUUAUACAUUUCAAACUUAAAUAUUGAAGUUCUCUGACAAUUAACAUAUACACCAUGAUUGUCAAUUUAUGAAACCCAAAGUGCCGAUUGUCAAUUUUUCCUUUAUAAUGUGAUACUGAACAUGCUGUAUAUUUAUAUACUCAUGUGAAACCUUAAAUUAAGUGAUAUUUUUGGUUGAAUUUGUAGCUAUAUUUUUUUGUUAUUUUAAUCUAUAUAGAAUAAAGUAAUGAAUUUACAA